AUGCACAUCAUCUUGUCCUCACAAUUUCGGUCUCGAAGAAAGAAAGCAGAGAGUGCUUCCAACAACCCGAAAUCAGUUCAUAAAAUCAAGAGACCCAACCGAACAACAACAAGAACCAGUAUGAUGAUUAUGAGGACGAACCUCGGCGGCAUCAUGGCUGCUAUUGCUUUGUUGGCGGCCCCAGAGGUUCGCGCGCAGUCAUAUACUUUGGACGAUGUGGCUGCCCAUAGCGCCAAUGACGAUUGCUGGAGUGCCGUCUACGGUGAAGUGUACGACGUUACUGUCUACGCUCCAACUCAUCCUAACCCUUCUGUCUAUGCCAUGUGUGGAAAAGAGGCCACUCAAAUGUUUGAUGCUGUCCAUGGCGAUACUCCCGGGUACAUGGAUAUCUUCCCUGGAAUUGAGUACCUCGGGCCCUUGGUCGAGGUAGUGGACACACCAUCUCCCACCGUUUCUACGCCAGAGCCAACCGCUGCUACUCCUGAGCCGACAGCUUCUACUCCCGAGCCGACCGCUUCUACUCCUGAGCCUACAGCUGCUACUCCCGAGCCUACAGCUGCUACUCCUGGACCAACUGGCUCGCCACAAACCCCAUCCCCAACAGAUGCUGCUACAACGGCUACUCCUGUCACCCCUGGACCAACAGAUGCUGCUACAACCUCCACUCCUGGCACCCCCGGACCAACCGAUUCGUCUACUACCGCUACUCCUGGAACCCCUGGACCAACCGAUUCAGCUACUACCGCUACUCCUGGAACCCCUGGACCAACAGAUUCGGCUACAACGUCACCACCAGUCACAGGUGCGCCCAAUCCAGCACCGUCUGCAACGGCACCUCCAGUGAAGGAAGCAGAAGAGCAAGUUUCCGCUGUCGAACUCGCCACCCACAACCAUGAAGGCGACUGCUGGGUGGCCAUCCAUGAGAAUGUCUACGAGUUUACAUACUUCAUGAUCAUCCAUCCUGGUGGAAAGGACGAAAUCCUCAGAUGCUGUGGAAUGGAUUGUAGCGCAAUGUUCGACACAAGCCAUGACAUGAUUAUCUUGGAGACUUUUGCCAGGUAUUACAUGGUCGCACCCUUGGAAAACAUCGUUAGCCGUGAAGAGCUCGCCUCCAGCAACACCCCGGCAGAUUGCUUGGUGAGCUACUUUGGUCGUGUCUUUAAUGUGACCGAAUAUGCGGAUUCGGAGCCUGAAGUUCCUGAUGUUGUCAUUGCAAAGACUGGCAAAUCAUUGCAAGUCGGGCCAUUCAAUAUCAAUAACGUACCCUGCGGAUUCGAGAUCGGCCUCGAAGACUUUGCCGCAAUGAGCCCUGGUAUAAGUGACUUUUAUGUUGGCGCUUUGGAAGGAGCCUUUCAUGGUGAGGUGACGGCUAGCCCAGUGGCCAGCCCUCAACCGCAGGCAUCCCCCCCUCCGAGCUCUAUCGGAUCUGUUAGCAUGACGAUUCCACCAGGCAGUGGCGGUGGCGGCGGAGGAAUCUCAGUGACUAUGCCCCCAGCAAGCGGCGGAAACGUAGACCUUAUCACACCAGCGGAGCUCCGAGCCCACAGCUCAUCAGAUGACUGUUGGAGUGUCUACUUUGGUGACGUUUUUGACAUGACUGAUUAUGUUCAUCCAGGAGGUGAUUCUUUCGUUCAUGGAAGCUGUGGAGGAGAUGCUACAGCUGGCUUCCAAGGUAUCCACCCUGACAGCUACAUGUCCAUGGUCACCCAGUACAAGGUUGGUGUCUACGUUCCGAAUGGAGGAGGAGCUCCUAGCAGUCCUGGUGAUGGCAGUGAUGGAAGUUCAGGAAAUCCUGCUCCAGCACCAACACCAGGCAGCAAUCCUGGUAAUGGAGUCAUUACUGACGGCCAGCUCUCUCAACAUAGUGAUUCCGAUAGUUGCUGGAGCGUUUACUUUGGAGAGGUAUAUGAUUUGACUUAUUAUGUCCAUCCUGGAGGCGAUUCAUUCAUUCAUGGCAGUUGUGGUGGAGAUGCAACUUCUGCGUUCCAAGGCAUCCACCCUGACAGCUACAUGUCUAUGGUGGACCAGUACAAGAUUGGAACCUACCAAGGUGGUAACUCUGGUGGGAACCCAGCACCUGAACCAGCUCCGGCACCAGAACCUGCACCAACACCAGGAAACUCAGGUGGUGGCAACAAUGGAGUCAUUACUGACGGCCAGCUCUCUCAACAUAGCUCUUCUGAUGAUUGCUGGAGUGUUUACUUUGGUGAGGUCUAUGACUUGACAGAUUACAGCCACCCAGGUGGGGAUUCUUCAUUCACGGAAGCUGUGGAGGCGAUGCAACUUCUGCAUUCCAAGGAAUCCACCCUGACAGCUACAUGUCUAUGGUGGACCAGUACAAGAUUGGAUCCUACCAAGGUGGAAACUCUGGUGGGAACCCAGCACCUGAACCAGCUCCGGCACCAGAACCUGCACCAACACCAGGAAACUCAGGUGGUGGCAACAAUGGAGUCAUUACUGACGGCCAGCUCUCUCAACAUAGCUCUUCUGAUGAUUGCUGGAGUGUUUACUUUGGGAGGUCUAUGA